UUAUUUUCUAACCUUACAUUUCAGCCGCCAAAUUAUUUAAUCAGCUGUUUGUAAAUAAUAACAAGAGUAAAAUAAAAAAAGAAUAUUGUUUAACUGUAAUUUUUGAAGACCAAGUAGAAUGCCUCAAAUAAAUAUUGAUAAAAUUGUCACUUUUAACAGUGAAGAUCCGGUACAUGUAGCUAGCAAUUUGCUUGAUAACAACCCCUCUAAAAAGUGGAAAUGUAAAAACGCCGGCGAUAAAACCGCCACAAUCGUUUUACAGCUUGAUCAGCCUCAUGUUAUCACUGGUAUCGAUAUUGGCAAUGAACAUUCUGCAUACAUUGAAGUCUUAGUUUGUCGUUCUUCCAACGCUGAAAAUUAUAAAGUUCUACUAGUCAUGUCGUCGUUUAUGACUCCCUUAGAGUCUAGACAAAGUCAAAACAUCAACAAAGUUCGGAUGUUUAAACAGGAAGACUUUUCUGAGCCUGAAAGAAACGAAAAAUGGGAUAGACUUAAAAUUGUUUGUACCCAGCCGUUUAAUAGACACGUUCAGUAUGGGCUUUCGUUUAUCAAUUUCUAUUCAAAUAGUGGCGGGAAAGCGGAACCUAAAAAACAAACUAUGGGGAAGUUUUUGAUUAGGCCAGAGUCUCCCGAUAAUAUAUCUGCAGGUAGUUUAUUUUUUAAACAGAAAGAAAUCAAAGACGACACACUCAGAGGAGCAGCUGCAAUAAGGGAAGCUUCCACAGCUGCACAUUCUGGAUCUCCUGUUGUCAAAGAAAAAAUCAAAAUUAAUGGGCCUUCUAAAGAUUAUCAAAAUAGAAUGGACAGUCCGAAACCUAGAAAUAGGGAUGAAUUGUUGUAUAGUAAAGAUGAGGAAGAUAUCAAUGAAAAAAUUGAUAAAGUAGUUCAGAAAAAAGCCAAAGAAAAAGCAGAAUUGGAAGAUGAACAAAAAAGAAAAAAUGAAGAAACAAUAAGGAAGAAGGAACAGCACAAAAAAACUAAAGAGAGCGAAGAUGUUGAUAAAAAGCCACUGAAAAAUAAUACUCCGAAUAAAAAAAGAUCUAAAGAAAAAGAAGAGAUACAAAUAAAGCAAAGAAAUGUAGAAACAAAAACUAAAAAUAACGAAACGCAAAAAAGAAAGUCCUCAGAAGACACACCACAAAGAAAAAAGAAACUCAAGCUACAAAAACAAAGGAAGCCAUUUGCUAGAUUACUAGAAGGUGUGGUUCUGGUGAUCAGCGGUAUUCAGAAUCCUGACAGAGCUAGUUUGCGAACCAUGGCACUGUCGAUGGGAGCAAAAUAUAAACCGGAUUGGGACAAUUCCUGUACACAUUUGAUAUGCGCAUUUGCAAAUACUCCUAAAUUCAAUCAGGUUAAAGGUAGAGGGAAGAUAGUGAAAAGAAAAUGGAUAGAGGACUGUUAUAAUGAGAAAAAACGACUACCUUGGAGGAGAUACGCUUUGGACAAGGCAGAUAACGGACCUGAGAGUGAAGAGGAAAUUUGGGAGGAGGAGGAACAUCAAUUUCCUCCCUCUGAUGAUGAGAGAAUUGUCGAACCGUCGGAUGCAGAAGAUGAAACAAAAGAGAGCGGGUAUGACGUAGAAGAUAAGAUAAGAGAGAUACAACAAAAGCAACAAAGAAAUGACAACUCUAAUGACAUAUAUGACAGGAGUACAGACAGUGAGCCUGAGCGAGAGGAAUGUAACGGUGACCUUGAAAUUAAAAAUAAACUUGAAAACAUUUUUGACAACAAAAUUUUCUAUAUUGAUGAUGUUUUUGAGGAAGACUUACGCAGAAAACUUAAACAGUAUAUAGUUGCAUAUAAUGGGCUAAUUAAUGACACUGUUGACAAUACCGUUGACAUAAUGAUAACAAACGAAACUAACGCGAAGUUUCUGAAAGAUAUGUACCCAUCGUCAGUGUGCGCGUCUCCUGACUGGAUUUGGGAGUGUCACAACACUAAAACACUCGCUCCUAUGGACGAUUUCGUGUACCAAUAAAUUAUUUUUGAUUUUU